UUAAAAGGCUCAUUUUAAUAAGGACUGUUCAGUUACAAUAUAGGUAAUGAAAGCUACCGUUAAUGACCCGUAUCACCGACUUCAGCUUAUAAAUAAACCCUGAAAAUGAUGAAUAACGUGACUUUAGAUACAUUUGCAUAAUAUAUUACGUGUAAAUACGGCUGUUAUCAUUGAACCUUCAUUGCUAAGAUUGAUAGUUAAGGAAGUAAGGAACCUAUACUUUAUGAGAUAAUAGAAAGUUUACUUUUUUUCAAACUAUUUUUAACAAUGUCAUUCAUUUGUUAACAUAAUAACAAUAGCUUUUCACCAGUAUUUAUAUUUUCCUUCUUCCGCCUAAUUUGAUAGUUUGUGAUGAGCGUUUAGAGAGUAGGACUAUAUAUUGUAAACCUAUGUCGUAAUAUUUAUUCAUAUAUAGACUGUACAUGUCUGCUAGAAACGAAUAAAAAAAAACAACUUUACAAACUGACAAAAUGAAGCCUAUUUCAUUUAUAAUAGGUUGGGUAUUCAUAUUCGCUGUAUCGGCAAUCAGUUGGUCACAAUCCUUGGAGUGUUUCAGUUGUACUGACGCUGUAAAUACACGCGAAUGUAAAUCAGUGGAAAAAUGCGAGGAAGGUCAGGUUUGUUUCAAAAAACGAGAAUAUAAAAGCCAGGUUCAGUAUGACAUGGGAUGCAUUGACAAAGAGAGUUGUGGCAGAUCUGCAACGCGUAAAAAUGGCUCCGAAAUUGCAAAAAUGAGCGUUGAUAAGUCGAAUUUUUGUUACGAAUGUUGCUCGAAGGAUAAAUGUAACGACAAUCUAUGUACUUAUCCUCCUCGUAAGCUGCAUGGUGGCUGGAGUUCAUGGGAUGUCUGGGGAGAAUGUUCGGCAACAUGCGGUAUAGGAAUGCAGAGUCGAAAACGGUCUUGUACCAAUCCAAGUCCAGACCGUUUCGGAGAUCACUGUUUUGGAAACAGAAUCGAAUAUACACUUUGUAACACUGGAUCUUGUGCAAGUCUUAGGAAUAUCUACGAAAUUGUCUCUCAAGGACAAACAGAGUUAAGACUUGAUCUCACAGCGGCUGGUGGAGAACAUGUAUACGAAACAUUCCAGAACUUUCACCUUAGUGAUAGUCCUUAUUAUACUCUACAUAUUGACAAGGGGGUCGGAACCGCAGGUGAUAAAUAA